AUGUAUUUCACGCAUUGCCCCGAGGAAUGAUACGUAACUACUGUACUAUUAUUAUUUUUUCGGCAGCUUCACUUAACUCACUGCAGAUCAUUAGCCAGUGCCUGCUAAUGCAGCUAGUAACACUCGCAGACUAUCUUUAUCAUCUCACCAUUCGCCACAGGUACUACUUAACCGAAGAUGAGUAAAUGCGUUGCAGCUGACAGCAGUAAUAGCUGCUUUUCAACCACAACUAUUGUUCUAAUACGUCACAGCUUCUUCAUUUCUAGGGCUGACACGUUUACAUCCACCCUGCAUCAUCAGGCCUUUUUUGCCAGUGCCCCAGUGCCCCGUGUGUACACAAUGCGAUGGUAUCUAAUCUGCUGGAGAAUAGGGCACCCAAAAAGACAAAGUCAUGCGCGAAGAUUACGGUGGGAUUUAAAUAUAUACAGCAGAAGCGUAGAGGACACUCAACAGCGUAGAUCGGAUGAUGAAAUCUCCUGUGCAGUCACUAGUAGAGUGUAAGCUGUGUGUGAUGUAUCAUAUUUGUUUCUAUAGCACGAUAGAGGCUUUGAUCUCUAAUACAACAGUUUGUUCGGAAUGAAAGGAUCCUCAUAAGAUCUUUCCCAUCAUGCUAUAUCCACGUAGGAGAUAUGAUUUAAAAGCUUCACCCAACACGUCUAGGUUCUUGAAUAGUCGUGUUCGAAAAGAACCAUAAGUACAUCGUACAGCAUAUCCCAAGCAGCAACCAGCGCAUCUUGAAUUCUUCCAGUUCACAUCCCAUCAAUUAAAAACCAAAACGCGGACAUUGAAUCUUUGAAUCUUGUACGCUACAUUGUAAGACAUCAGACUUCCGCAGGAUACUAGAUCUCGCUCGCACAUCUCCAAGGACUCUUGAAGCGACAGCGAUGAAGAUGCACCGGUGUCUGCUUUGUGUAGUCAUCGCGCUGAUGUCCGUGCUACACUGCAGCGGCCAGAGUUCGGAGGAACGGGCGCUGGGCAGCGAUCCCAACUAUCCGGAGCUGGAUCGCAGCAAGAUGCAGAUGGCCAGCCUGAACGGCUUGCUGGACACGCUGGAGCACGAUAGCACGCGACAGCUGGGCGGCGGACCCGACGACUACGAGCUGGUCGACAGCCUGGCGGCACGUCUUGGCUACCCGCAUGCGAACGGUGACAUCAAGCGAAGUUGGAGCAAGAUGAACGCGGCCUGGGGCAAACGUCUCAGUGGUGGCAAUCGGAAUUCCGGCUGGACCAAGUUUGGCGCGGCCUGGGGGAAACGAGAACCGGGAUGGAACAAUCUGAAAGGGUUGUGGGGUAAGCGCGCGGACAAGUGGGACAAGCUUGCAUCGGCUUGGGGCAAACGGCAGGAACUGAGUCGAAGUUACUAAAUAGCCUCCUGGCACGGGGGAUUAUGAAACUAGCACAUUGCAGCAUCCUAUCAUCCACCUACGCUUAACCGUGGCCCAAUAGCCAUGACGGAUAACCAGCAGCUCUACCACCCGAUUGAAGUUCCCCUCGCCCACUGCAAGCAAGUUAAGAAAAUCCAAAAGAAUACAGCAUCAGACAUUGGAGCAAAUCACGCUGGUGCAGACACGGAGACGGUUUUAUGAUCUCGUUAGCGUUCACUGUAACCAAUGCCACCAACAAUGUUAGUGUAAAGGAUCUAGCAAUGCAAAGAUUAUGCGGUUUUACACUAUUUACAGAUACACUAUUACACACACCACAUCACGCUAGUUGUACACAUUUCGCUUUGAUCAAAUCUUCCCGAUGUGACGAUGAAAAUCAAUUUUUAACCCUCGGUAAUCGUAAUGUUUAAUGAUCAAUGUAUAAAUAAAGAGAGAACAAACAAAAAAAGAAACGUACGCACACCAGCGGCAUGCAAUAUGUUUUGGAAUGAUAUCACAACCCGAAACUAAUCAAUCGAAAGCUUCCG